GAGAUGGCAGCGGGCGAGACUCAGAUCUAUGCCAAGGUUUCCAACAAGCUCAAGGGCCGCAGCACCACCUCGCUCCUGGACCCCCUCCUGGGCAUGGGCUUCCCGGCACACACCGCGCUCAAGGCGUUGGCGGCGACUGGAAGGAAGACGGCGGCGGAGGCGUCAGACUGGCUGCACUGCCAUUGCAAUGACCCUUCUCUCGACGACCCCAUCCCCCAGGAGUACGCCCUUUUCCUCUGUCCCACGGGACCCCUGCUGGACAAACUUCAAGAGUUCUGGAGAGAGAGCAGGCGUCAGUGCGCGAAGAACAGAGCCCAUGAGGUCUUCCCUCACAUAACGCUCUGUGACUUCUUCACGUGCGAGGACCAGAAGCUGGAGUGUCUGUACGAAGCACUGAAGAGAGCCGGGGACAGGACCCUGGGCGCCUUCCCCUCGGCCGUGCCUCUGGUGCUCCAUUCUUCCGUCAGCUACCUGGGCUUCUUCGUGAACGACAGCACCGCAGACAUCAUCCAGGAAUUUGCUGUGAUGUUCGCCACGGAAGCUUCCAUCUUAGCAGACUGCACCGUGAAGCCCUGCACCAAGCAGCUGCAUCUCACCCUGGCCCACAAGUUCUAUCCCCACCACCAGAGGACGCUGGAGCAGCUGGCCAGAGCCGUCCACCCCGGCCACAGCUGCCAGUGGACGGCCGCACUCUACUCCCGGGACAUGCGCUUUGUACACUACCAGACCCUGAGGGUCCUGUUCCAGUACAAACCGCAGAACAUGGAUGAGCUGACCCUCAGCCCCGGUGACUACAUCUUCGUGGACCCCACGCAGCAGGAGGAAGCCAGCGAGGGCUGGGUGUUUGGGAUCUCGCAGCAGACCGGCUGCCGGGGCUUCCUGCCCGAGAACUACACGGAGCGAGCUAGCGAGUGUGACACCUGGGUGAAGCACAGGACGUACACCUUCGGUGUAGCCCCAGACCCGAGCUCCGGGAAGGACGGUGAAGCCAGCAGCAGACGGAACGGGGAGCCUCAGCCUCUGCCCGUGUCCCAGAGCAGCAGCCUGCAGUCCCUACAGGCCACCAUACUGAGGAAAAGCGUCCUGGUGGUGCGCCAUGGGGAGAGAGUGGACCAGAUCUUCGGGAAGUCCUGGCUGCAGCAGUGUUCCACUCCCGACGGGAAAUACUACCGGCCAGACCUGAACUUCCCUCGCAGUCUGCCCAGACGGAGCCGAGGUAUCAAAGACUUUGAAAACGAUCCACCUUUAUCGUCCUGUGGAAUUUUCCAGUCCAGAAUGGCAGGGGAAGCUCUGCUGGACAGUGGCAUCAGGAUCACCUCCGUCUUCACCUCCCCAGCCCUCCGCUGUGUGCAGACAGCCAAACACAUCCUGGAAGAGCUCAAACUGGAGAAGAAAAUUAAGAUAAGAGUGGAGCCCGGAAUCUUUGAAUGGACCAAAUGGGAGGCUGGCAAAACUACCCCGACCCUCAUGACCCUGGAAGAGCUGAAAGGCGCGAACUUCAACGUCAGCAUGGAUUAUAGGCCCGCCUUCCCCCUUCCCUCCCUCCUGCCCGCCGAGCGCUACGAGGAUUACUUGCACAGGUGUGCGGUGAGCAUGGAACAGAUGGUCAGCAUCCGCCCGCAGGAUGUGGGCGUCAUCCUGGUCGUGGGCCAUGGCUCGGCGCUGGACUCCUGCACGCGCCCACUCCUUGGGCUGCCGCCCCGGGACUGCACAGUGUUUACCCAGCUAGUGAGGAAGAUCCCUUCUCUGGGUAUGUGCUUCUUAGAAGAAAACAAAGAAGAAGGAAAAUGGGAGCUGGUGAACCCUCCCGUGAAGACGCUGACUCAUGGCUCAAACUCAGCGUUUAACUGGAGUAACUGGAUCCCGGGCAACUAAGAGCCGCCUCUAUGUUUGCAUAAUUCACAAUGAUGAAGAGGGGAAACGCUUCGCAGUGGCUGUAGGAUACUGUUAUUUCGAAGAGGUCAUAGUCUCCCCUAGUGUGACUUGUAGAAGCACAAAAGGCACUUUUAGAUACCAGAGUGUUUGCCCUCUGUGGACCGUCAUCCUGUGAGCUUAGCUGUGGGGAUGCCACCGUGUACCAUGUGCAUUGGCCAUGUGGCUUGGAGGGGAAUGAGGAACCAUGACACU